AUGUCGCAGGCGCCACCUUUGCAGGGAGGCCCCACGGACAAAGAGAGAAAAUACGAUCGGCAGCUUCGUCUAUGGGCCGCUUCGGGCCAAGCUGCCCUCGAGUCAUCCAACAUCCUCCUCGUCAACUCCGGCUCUGGCACGGUAGGCGUCGAAACACUGAAGAACCUCGUCUUACCAGGAGUCGGCCAGUUCACGAUCGCAGACGAUGCCGUCGUAGAAGACGCCGAUCUUGGCGUGAAUUUCUUCCUGGAUGAGUCGAGCCGUGGCAAGCCGCGCGCGCAUUGUACCACGGCAUAUCUUCUGGAGCUCAAUCCCGAGGUCACCGGUGAAUGGUACCCCAAGGCACCAGGGACCCUGGACCUCGAAUCGUUGUUCUCGAAUGCGACACCAUAUACCAUUAUACUAUACGCGCUACCCUUGCCGACCGAGACAAUACAAGCCAUUGAAGACUAUGGUCGUCUACACAGCAUUCCUUUGGUGGCCAUUCGCUCUGUGGGAUUUUACGGCUACUUUCGUGUCACGCUCCCCGGUGUUUUCCCUGUUGUAGAAACGCACCCCGACGAGACGUCAACUGCCGACCUGCGACUACUCACACCGUGGCCAGAGCUAUCACAGUUUGCGCAAGACUUGACAAAGGACAUCGACAGCUUGGACAACCACCUUCACGGGCACUUGCCUCUCGUGGCCAUCCUGUUGCAUUACCUCGAGAUUUGGAAACAGGGUCACGAUGGCGCGCUUCCGACGGCCUACUCUGACAAGACUGCAUUUCGAAAACUCGUUUCCGGGGGUAUGCGAAUGGACAAUGCAGAAGGAGGGGAAGAAAAUUUUGAAGAGGCGGUCGGUGCUGUUAUGAAGCAUGUAACCGCACAAUCUCUCCCCGGUUCUCUGCGCGAAGUUUUCGAAUAUGACAACAGCAAAAAGACCCGAUCCUCCUUCUGGAUAAUCGCAGAAGCAAUGUCGCAGUUCUAUCAGAAACAUGGCCAACUUCCUGUGACUGGUGGACUGCCCGAUAUGAAGGCUCAGUCGAGCGUCUAUAUCCAGCUCCAAAAUAUAUACAAGAGCAAAGCUCGUCAAGAUGCCAGCGAAGUUCUGACUAUUGCUCAAGGCCUUGCAAGUGACGUAACAAUCGACCCCUUAGAGGUCGACCAGUUUUGCAAAAAUGCACGAUUCAUCAAGCUCAUCAAUUCCGCCCAAAGUACGCCAAAGAUGGAAGACACUGUUGCAAAUGAGCUCAGCCAAGACGAAAUCGCCGCCAUUGCCGGCCCUGAAAUGCAGUCGUCCUUGAUAUCCGUCUUCCUUGCCCUGAGCCUCGUGCCAAGCUCAUUUGCACCCUCUGCAGAGGAAAUGCAAAGGGCCAUCUACGCACAGGCUCCAGCCUUGCAAGGUCAUGAAAGAACCGCGCAGGUUACUGAAGAAGUGGCACGCGCUGCAGGGGGCGAAAUGCAUAAUGUUUCAGCUGUUCUUGGAGGCAUGGUGGCCCAAGAAGUGAUCAAGGUAGUAACCAAACAAUACAUUCCGGUAGAUAAUACCUGUAUUUUUGACGUCACGACGUGUAGCCACAUUUUCUGCUUGGACUGCACGAAUCGCUUUUGUCUCUCUGGACAGGAUCGGCAGCAGAAUGGAGUCCCGUGCCCAGCCUGCGACACGCAGCUUAGCAGCCCCGACGACGCCGUCAUCUCGAAUCUGAAGCCGUCCGAGGCGUACAAGACGAGCAUACUCAGCGGCCUCUCGCCCAGCAUCAUCAUGGAGUGCGCGGGGCGCGCUCUCAGCUUUUGGGCGUACCAGACGACGCAGAACAUUUACUACCAGCAGUACCUCUACAAGACGCUGACGGAAAAGUACUCGGCGCUCAACGGGCGGCUCGAGCAGACGGUCAGCGAGGCCAACGUCCAGAUCGAGACGCUACAGCGCAGGAUCAGCACGCUGACGACGGAGAACGACAGCUCGCGGAAGAAGAACGAGGAGCUUUCCAAGGCGUACAAAGAGAAGAACCGGCAGCUGCUGCAAACGCAGGAGCUGCACGACAAGCUGCGACAUACGGUGGAGAUGGGCCACAUUCAGCGCGCUGCCACGGAUGCGAUUGAUUCGCGAUUUCAGCAGCAGCAGCAACAACAGCAGUCGUCGAGACAGUUUGCGCCUCAGCAGCCUGCGCCGUAUGGCAAUGCCAAUCCGCGGCCAGAGAGCUCCGCAGGGUUCCGCGGGUAUGGUACGGCUGUCGAUCCGGAACGGGUAUCAGAGGGUGGUAUCCGCGGCGGCCUGAUGGACACGGGCCCCGGAUCCUGGAGACGAGACGGUCCCGUAACCUGCCACAGUUCAAAUGCUCCGCCUAACUACCAACGAUUUGGGGCCAGAGGGGUUCUGGCCGGCGAGCACGGACUGGGAAUGGGGCAUGCACCAAACAGUGCAGAGCGAAGAAGACAUGGUGAGCUGGGAGGUGUAGGGAAGCAUAUUGGAGGUCUCAGUUCAGGAAUCAAGGUCAGCCAGCCAAUGAGUGCCAAUGGACUGCAACACGCGGUGGAAGGUUUCAUGGGUGCACGUAACCUUUAG